AUGCACUUCACCAAGGCUCUUAUUUUCCUCUCGGCCAUUGCGCCUGCUUUCGCAGCUCAAGCUGCCUCAGCUCCUGCUAGCACUCAGACUCUCACCCUGGUGCCCUCCGGAUACACUCCUCCUCCGUCAUCCACCCCGACUCCCACCCCGACCUCUACUCCGACUCCAACUUCGACCCCAACUCCCUUGUCGACCUGGACCCCCAUCAUGUCCACUAGCACUCCUGUCUCCUCGAGCGCCUCUCUCACCCGGAUCCCCAGCUCCUCUACCCCCCUGAUCAAAGCCACUGGCGUGAGCUCCGGCAUUGAGAGCUCUGCUACCCCGGCCCCCUCCACCCCCAUCAGCGGCGCAACUUCUCUCCAGCUCUCUGGAGCCAUGGCCGCCGGUGCUGCCGCUGUUGCCGGUCUUCUCCUGGUUUGA